AUGUCAGACUCCUUGGUCCGUGUUUCAAGACGGGUCGGAUGGGGAGCCCGCAGCCGUUGCAGCGCAGUGCCCCGAGGGACACGCCUUGCGGCGCGCGGGUACCGGCCGUGCCAACGACGGCCACCGGGGGCACCUAAGGACCCCGGGCUUGGGCCGCCAGCACGGCCGACAACAGUCCACGCCCCGAGCCGAGCGGCGGACCAGCAAAAGCCGUUCCGCAUACGGCCAGGACGCAUCGCCGGCCCCCAUCCGCUUCCCUCCCGGCAAUUUCAAGCACUCUUUGACUCUCUUUUCAAAGUCCUUUUCAUCUUUCCCUCGCGGUACUUGUUCGCUAUCGGUCUCUCGCCUGUAUUUAGCCUUGGACGGAGUCUACCGCCCGAUUUGGGCUGCAUUCCCAAACAACCCGACUCGUUGACGGCGCCUCGUGGGGCGACAGGGUCCGGGCCGGACGGGGCUCUCACCCUCCCAGGCGCCCCUUUCCAGGGGACUUGGGCCCGGUCCGUCGCUGAGGACGCCUCUCCAGACUACAAUUCGGACGGCACGGCCGCCCGAUUCUCAAGCUGGGCUGCUCCCGGUUCGCUCGCCGUUACUAGGGGAAUCCUUGUAAGUUUCUUCUCCUCCGCUUAUUUAUAUGCUUAAACUCAGCGGGUAGUCCCGCCUGACCUGGGGUCGCGGUCGGAGCGACGCGCACUCCGUUUUUUGGGGUCCUUGGAGGCCUUUACGCCGGCUACGCACCUGCAGCGCUGCGCUGAGUAAAGCGAGAUCGCCCACCACGCGCUGUGCCCGGCACGAUACGCCGGCAGCCCGAUCUUCGGCCAACCGCGCCCAGAGGCACGGGGAGCCAUAAGCCGCGUCCUGCCCCCCACAAGGGGUGGCGGUGGGAGCGUGUUUUGGCGUGACGCCCAGGCAGGCGUGCCCUCGACCGGGUGGCCUCGGGCGCAACUUGCGUUCAAAGACUCGAUGGUUCGCGGGAUUCUGCAAUUCACACCAGGUAUCGCAUUUCGCUACGUUCUUCAUCGAUGCGAGAGCCGAGAUAUCCGUUGCCGAGAGUCGUGUCGAUUGAAUAGCAUUGCAAAACGGGGGGCAGCAAGCAAGCUGGCCGCGUCCCCGGAUUAGGCACAGUGUUCCUUGACGCCGUCGGCGCCGUGGGUUCUUUUGCCCCAUGCACCAGCUCCGAGGGGGCUAGGUGGACGAGGACUUGGCCGAGCGACGGACGAUGCCGCCACCGGCAGGAUGGAUGACGCGUGCGCGGUCUGUUUUGGUCAGGGUCACGACAAUGAUCCUUCCGCAGGUUCACCUACGGAAACCUUGUUACGACUUCUCC